AGUGCUGCUGGCAUUUUUAAAAAGGAAAAGAAGGAAAGCGGAGUGAAUGAGACUUUCCCUAAAAUGCAGAUUAGAGAGAAAAGCAAGGAAUCCUUCUGUGCCAGAGGCAAGGACCCAGCUGAGAGAGGCAAGCUAAGCCAGCCAGCCAGCCAGCCCUGGGGCCAAGAGACAGAGCAACCAGCCUGCCACAAGCAUCUAAAAGCCCUAAUUUUUCAAGAGUCCCCUGACUCCCCCACAUCCCCCAAGGGAGGCUGGGGAAGCGGGGCUGGAAGUGGGGCAACUUGGCUGGGCCAGAAGCAACGUCUCUGAGCAAGUGGAGGCAAGUCCCUCCCCUACUCCUUCUUAUUAAUCUUGGGGCCCUUGGCUGCCUAGCUAUUCUGCUUGGAUUCAAAGGCAGAAGCAAACCAGUCCCCCUCCAUCUUUGGUGUGGGAAGUGUUAGAUUCAGUUUAGAGUCUGCAGAAGUGGAGAAACCAAGCAACGGGCUGCUGCUCUUCCUUAGCUGGCAGACUUUCCAGCCAGCGCAGGGGACCUCCAAAGGAGCUGAAGGACAAGUUGACUUUGUAUAUAAUAUACAAAUGGAUGAAGACUAUUGCUUAACAUAGCAUAAGCUACCCUGAGUCUUCGGAGAAGGGCGGGAUAUAAAUGCAAAUAAAAAAAAAAACCUGAGGCAGGCUGGGCACCAUUGUUGCUCCGCCACCUUCAGCCUGAAUGCAUCAGUAGCUAUAUUGUCUAUGCCACCAUGAACCUCGCAGACCCUCAGCCCAGACAGGUGGCCUUGAAGAAGGUGUCUUGUGGUGAAGUUGGGGGAAGCAGGUGAAGGAAAGAGAGAACACUUUCAAAUAUCAGCAGCAAGCAUGAGAUCUAGUGACAGAAUUUGAAUUUGUACUGAGAUGCAUGAAGCUGCCAGUCAGCCCCAAACACAGCCUUUCCCUGGCAGUGGCAAAGAGCCAGGGACAGCCUCUCUCCCCCACAGCAGCCACAUUGGGCAACAGAAAUCUCUUCUUGGUAUAAGAUACUCUAUAAAGCGCUGGAUGUACUGAGCAUUGGCACCCUGAGAAAACAGAUGAGAGGAGGACAGGACCUGUUCCACUGCCUGAGCAUCUCGAAGGGUGAAUCCUGCUUGCAUUCUUCCUCCCUUCUUGCAUUUCCUGUUGGAGCUGCUUGGGUAAAUCCACCACAGGGAGCAGCCUCGCUUCGGGAUAGGAGUCCAGCCCUCGGCCGGGAGCGUCUUUCCUCCCUCGGGACUCCUUUGCAGAUCUUUAUUUAUUUAUUUAUUAAAUUUUUAUUUAUUAAAUUUAUGAUCUUAGUUGUCUGGCGUGCCAAAGUGCCAGGAGAAUAGGCAAGGCUUUGCUUUGGAGAGAGACGGUUUGGUCUGGGAGAGAGGCGAUGUCAACUGUGGGGCUGACCCCUCCACUGGCGCGGUGGUGGCCUCCUCCAGCCCGGGUGGUGCCAGAGAGGACCUUGUGGUCCCCCCAGGCUGUGAAGAAGAGCAGAAGCUUAUCCAAGGCAAAGGGCGCAAGCAGCUCCCACUCUCCUCUCUGUUGUUUUGUGUCUCUGCAUGCCCAGGCAUGUGACUCAGGCAGAGUGCUGCUGGGAUGAUAUGGAAUGUGACCAGUUGUCUGCAGAGGCCCUCCGACAGGUGAAAGUCCAGCGUCACCCCGUCUAUGGAUUCGGCUUUGUGGCCGGAAGUGAGAGACCGGUGGUAGUUCGCUCGGUGACUUCAGGAGGGCCAUCUGAGGAUAAGCUGUUGGCAGGUGACCAGAUUUUGGCCAUAAAUCAUGAAGAUGUAAGUGACGCUCCCAGAGAGAGAGUUAUAGAACUCGUCAGAGGCGCCAAGGAGGCCCUGGUCCUUACGGUGCUACAGACUCAUCAGUCCCCCAAAUCAGCCUUUAUCAGUGCAGCCAAAAAAGCAAAACUGCGGUCCAAUCCAGUGAAAGUUCGCUUUUCGGAACACGUCACCAUUGGCGAGACGGAUCCCGACAUGCUGAAGAAGGAAGCUCUUCUCCUGAUUCCAAAUGUGCUGAAGGUUUUCCUUGAGAACGGACAGAUUAAGUCUUUCACCUUUGAUGGCCGAACCACCGUCAAGGAUGUGAUGAUGACCCUGCAGGAUCGGCUGUCCCUGAGGCAGAUCGAGCAUUUCUCCCUGGUCCUGGAAUACUCCAGCCCUGAACAAAGUCACAAGUUCCUCCUUCUGCAAGACAAGCAGCCCCUGGCCCAUGUGGUGCAGAGGACACACUACCAAGGAAUGCGAUGCCUCUUCCGGGUCAGCUUCUUUCCCAAAGACCCUGUGGAGCUGCUGCGAAGGGACCCGGCAGCCUUUGAGUACCUGUAUAUCCAGAGCCGCAACGAUGUGAUCAGGGAGCGAUUUGGGAUGGAGCCCAAGCCGGAAAUGCUGCUUGGCCUGACUGCCCUGCACAUUUACAUCACGGUUUCAGCCACACGGCCCAGCCAGAAAGUCUCUCUCAAAAACGUGGAGAAGGAAUGGGGCCUGGAGCCUUUCCUGCCCCCCUCGCUGUUGCAAGGCAUCAAAGACAAGAGCCUUCGGAAGGCACUGUCUCAGCAGCUGAAGGCCCAUCAGAACCAGCCCCCCUGGGGCACCAAGAUCACCACCACCCAAGCGAAGCUCCACUACCUGCGCAUCCUGAACGAGCUGCCAACCUUUGCAGGCGUCCUGUUCAACACAGUGGGACUGGAUGAGAAACAGCCAGCCACCACUCUCCUGGUGGGGCCUCGCCAUGGCAUCAGCCACGUCAUCGAUCUGAAGACAAACCUCACCACCGUGCUGUCCGAGUUCAGCAAAGUCAGCAAGAUCCAGCUCUUCAGGGAGAACCAGGGGGUGGCCCGGGUGGAAACAAGCAUCCUGGACGCCAAGCCUCUGGUGCUGCUAAUGGAAUGGCCGGAGGCCACCAACUUCACCUGCCUCAUCGCUGGCUACUGCCGCCUUCUGGUGGACUCCAAGCGGAUGAUCCUUUCCCGACACACCAGUCAGCCAUCACCGCUUCCACUGACCAAGGCAGCAGCCCGUUCCUCGGUCAUCAACCUCUGGCACCAGCAGGGCACCUGGCUAAGAAGGAGAGCAGGCUCCUGGGAGGCUCUCUCCCAAGCCCCGGAGGGGGUGGCCCUCCAGAUCCCCUGGGCUCGGAGCUCCUCAGCUUUUGCUACCUGCACCUGCGGGAGCACAAGAAGGAGCGCAAGAGCGGGACUGACGUCAAUGAAAACCUGAUCCUCUUUGAGGAGUCCCGGCCCCGGACUAAAUCGGAUCCCACCUCAGAGAGCUCCGGGCGAGACUGCCAUGUGGCCGCCCAGUACUGUGAGCCCCACGGCCCAGACCAGGAGCACUGGGCCAACAGAGCCA